AAAGGGGUCGGGGACCUUCGAUACUCCCUUGCGCGACCAACGGGAAGAGAGGAGGCGUUAUGUACUAAAGCAGUAGUAGCUGCAUCCCCUCGCGCUCUUCUUCUCCGAUCGCGGUAGAUCCUCUCAGGUGUACUCUACAUAUCUAGGGUUUCGCCGUGGAGAAGAUCCGAUGAGGGUCGCCGCGCUCAUCGUCCUCUCCCUCGUGCUCUUCGCGUCGUGGGGCGUCGUCGAUUGUGCGGGGGCCGAACCCAAGGCGGAGGACGACGGGAAGAAGACGAACAAGUUCCGGGCGCGAGAAGCGAGCGAUGAUAUGCGCGGAUACCCCCAUUUAGAUGAAGACUCUUUAUUGAACAGUAAAUGUCCUAAACAUGUCGAGUUGAGAUGGCAGACGGAGGUUAGCUCCAGCAUUUAUGCGACUCCUUUAAUUGCUGAUAUCAACAGUGAUGGGAAGCUUGAGGUAGUGGUGCCAUCGUUUGUUCAUUACUUGGAAGUGCUGGAAGGUUCUGAUGGAGACAAACUACCAGGCUGGCCUGCCUUUCACCAAUCUACUGUGCAUUCUAGUCCACUCUUGUAUGAUAUUGAUAAGGAUGGGACAAGAGAAAUAGCUUUGGCUACUUACAAUGGUGUGAUUAACUUCUUUAGAGUUUCAGGUUAUAUGAUGGCGGAUAAGCUUGAGGUACCACGUAGAAAAGUUCGUAAAAAUUGGUAUGUUGGUUUACAUCCGGACCCCGUAGAUCGCUCUCAUCCAGAUGUUCAUGACGAGUCCCUUGUUCAGGAGUCUUCCAUUACGGACUCUAUAUCUCGGAUGGAUGGAAAUAAAUCUGGGUCUAGUAAUUCAUCGACAAUUGCUAGUGUUGAUUCCAAGAUGAAUGCGACUAACAAAGAGGAUGAGACCAAACAUAAUUCUGCUGAAGAAGAACAAAACAAGGGAUUAUCCGACAGUGUUAAUACAACUACUUCCGGUAAUAAUGUACCCAUAGAAAAUUUAACAGGGGAAAAUACAACGCAUACUCAGCGCAGGCUACUUCAAGAAACUGAUCGAAGUGGGUCUCAAGAAGGAAACUCUGAUUCUAAUGCCGGUGGUGAUGGGGGGAUGAUGCAAGGAGCGACUGUGAAAAAUGACGAGGCUCUUGAAGAGGAUGCUGACUCAUCUUUUGACUUGUUCCGCGAUGCAGAAGAUUUAGAGGAUGAAUAUCAUUAUGAUUAUGAUGAUUAUGUUGAUGAGUCCAUGUGGGGUGAUGAGGAUUGGACAGAACAGGAGCAUGCAAAAAUGGAAGAUUAUGUGGAUGUAGAUGCACACAUACUAUGCACCCCAGUGAUUGCAGAUAUUGACAAUGAUGGUGUCCAAGAGAUGAUUGUUGGUGUAUCCUACUUUUUUGACCGUGAAUACUAUGAUAACCAAGAACAUCGAAAGGAGUUAGGAGGCAUUGACAUUGAGAAAUAUGUAGCAAGUGGCAUUGUGGUAUUCAAUCUCGAUACAAAACAAGUAAAGUGGACUGCGGAUCUUGAUCUGAGUAUUGAUUCAGGAAACUUCCGUGCCUAUAUUUAUUCUUCCCCAACUGUUGUCGAUUUGGAUGGUGAUGGAAAUAUGGAUAUUCUUGUCGGAACUUCGUUUGGCUUGUUCUAUGUUCUGGAUCAUCGUGGUAGGGUUAGAAACAAAUUUCCACUUGAGAUGGCUGAGAUUCAGGGACCAGUUGUGGCGGCUGAUGUUAAUGAUGAUGGGAAAAUUGAGUUAGUUACAGCUGAUACCCAUGGAAAUGUUGCAGCAUGGACUGCUCAAGGAGAUGAAAUUUGGGAAGUACAUCUUAAGAGUCUAAUUCCCCAAGGUCCAACUGUGGGUGAUGUCAAUGGAGAUGGCCAUACUGAAAUUGUAGUCCCUACUAUAUCAGGAAACAUAUAUGUUCUUAGUGGAAAAGAUGGUUCGCUCGUCCAGCCCUUUCCCUAUCGAACCUAUGGAAGGAUUAUGAGCCCAGUUCUUCUACUCGAUCUAAGCAAACGAGAGGAAAAGUCAAAGGGGUUGACCCUUGUUACUACUUCGUUUGAUGGCUAUCUCUACUUAAUUGAUGGAUCAACUGCUUGCACAGAUGUUGUUGACAUUGGAGAGACCUCAUACAGCAUGGUCUUGGCCGAUAAUGUUGAUGGUGGAGACGACCUCGAUCUUAUUGUUACUACAAUGAAUGGCAACGUUUUUUGCUUCUCCACUCCCUCGCCACACCAUCCACUUAAGGAGUGGAGGUCGCCAUACCAAGGGAGGAACAAUGUAGCAUACCGACACAACCGUGAAGGGAUUUAUGUCACACACGGAUCAAGGAUGUUCCGAGAUGAGGAAGGGAAACAAUUCUGGGUGGAGAUUGAGAUUGUGGACAAGUACAGGGUGCCUUCAGGGUCUCAAGGACCAUAUAAUGUCACUACAACUUUACUGGUCCCUGGGAAUUACCAAGGAGAGAGGCGAAUCGUGGUGAACCGGGUCUACGACCAACCCGGAAGGCAACGGAUCAAGCUCCCAACCGUUCCAGUUAGAACAACAGGAACUGUUUUAGUAGAGAUGGUGGAUAAGAAUGGAUUAUAUUUCUCUGAUGAGUUCUCACUUACAUUCCACAUGCAUUACUAUAAGCUACUUAAGUGGCUCGUUGUAUUGCCGAUGGCUGGUAUGUUUGCCGUUCUCGUCCUCCUGCGCCCGCAUGAAGGUGCUCCUUUGCCCUCGUUUUCAAGGAAUAUAGAUUAAUGCAUCAGUGUAGAAUUUUCAAAUUAUAUGAGAGAAGUUUCAGAAAUUUUUCUUUCCUUUUAUAUUCUUCUCAUGAUACAAUGAUCAACACUUUUUUUUUCACUUAAUUACAAGGUCGAGGGUGCAAAUCUCUCUCUCUCUC